GCACCACGCAGAGUCGCUCGACACCUCCAGCAAAGAUCUCAACCUGAGUCUCUUGACCCAGAAUCUUCUAGCCCUCGUGCCGAACCCGACGUUAGCCUCUGCCAGGGGAGCUUAUGCCACGCGACGCCCCGCCCGAGAAUUUAAACGACCGCUCUUCUGCAGGAUGCCACGGAAGCCCAGUCGCCCGCGUGUCCGGUCCCUCUCUCGCCUUUCUCUUCCAUCGCGCCCAAGUUUUCUCCCCUUGAACUAUGGACAAGAUUGACGACGUCCCUAAGACCGAGGAACAACAGCAGCAACAGCACAACAUGGCUCAUCCUCACAAGGAGAUUGCUGUCCACACCGAUCGGCCCGUCCUCGAGAGGAGGGAAGCCUACGGUCCGCCAGGUUUCCGUGGCCUCUUCACCUGCUAUUAUGUCGCCCUUUGCGCCGCCUUCUCCGCCUUGGGCGGCUUGCUCUUCGGAUACGACCAGGGCGUUGUGUCGGUUAUCCUCGUCAUGCCCCAAUUCCUCGACCGAUUCUCUCGCGUUGCGGAUGGCGCGGCUGGUGCAGGUUUCUGGAAAGGAUUGCUCACCGCAAUGAUUGAACUCGGGGCAUUGAUCGGCGCUUUCAACCAAGGAUGGAUCGCAGACAAGUUUUCCCGGAAGUACAGCAUUGUCAUGGCCGUCUGCGUUUUUACUGUUGGCUCUGCGCUUCAGGUUGCUGCCGUAGAUUAUGCGAUGCUUGUGGUGGCGCGCUUGAUAGGCGGUGUUGGCAUUGGCAUGCUUUCCAUGGUUGCGCCUCUGUUCAUCUCCGAAAUCUCUCCCCCCGAAAUCCGCGGCGCGCUUCUUGUCCUGGAAGAGUUCAGCAUCGUUACCGGCAUCGUUAUCGCAUACUGGAUCACAUAUGGCACGCGGUUUAUCAGCUCAGAGUGGUCAUGGCGCCUGCCGUUUCUGCUUCAGAUUGUUCCCGGCCUUGUUCUUGGCGUUGGCAUCCUCUUCCUGCCGUUUUCUCCUAGAUGGCUUGCCUCCAAGGGCCGCGACGAGGAUUCGUUGAAGAACCUGGCCAAGCUCCGACAAUUGCCUGCCUCCGACUCCCGGGUCUUGCAGGAGUGGUAUGACAUUCGGGCCGAGGUUGCCUUCCAGAAGGAGAUCCAGCAGGAGAGGCACCCGAAGCUGUUCGGUAGCAGGGCGAAGCUCGACCGUAUUAAGCUCGAAUUGGCUGCAUGGGCAGACUGCUUCAAGCGCGGAUGCUGGAGGAGGACCCACGUUGGAAUGGGUCUUAUGUUCUUCCAACAGUUCGUUGGCAUAAACGCCCUGAUUUACUACGCGCCGACGCUGUUCAAGACCAUGGGCCAGGAUUACGAUAUGCAGCUGGUGCUCGCUGGCGUUUUGAACGUUGCUCAGCUGGUCGGCGUAGCCUCUUCCAUCUGGACAAUGGACAAGGUUGGCAGGCGUCCCCUUUUGCUGGGAGGAAGCUUGGUCAUGUUUAUUGCUCACUUGAUCAUUGCGGUGCUCGUGGGCAAAUUUGACAAGGACUGGCCAGCUCACAAGCCGGAGGGUUGGGCCAGCGUGGCCUUCCUCUUUGUUUACAUGCUCGCUUUCGGCGCUUCCUGGGGUCCCGUGCCUUGGGCGAUGCCUGCGGAAAUUUUCCCGUCCUCUCUCCGCGCCAAGGGUGUUUCUUUGUCGACGUGCUCCAACUGGCUCAACAACUUCAUCAUUGGUCUCAUUACGCCUCCGCUCGUUGAGAACACGGGAUAUGGUGCUUACACGUUCUUCGCCGUGUUCUGUUUGUUGUCGCUUGUUUGGACAUACUUCUUUGUCCCCGAGACCAACGGACGCUCCCUCGAGCAGAUGGACCAUGUGUUCAAGGACUUCAGCAACGAAGAGGAGGAAGCGAGAAGAUUAAGGAUCGAGGCCGAGAUCAUUAGGAGCGUUCCCCUUGACAACAACUCGGACGACGAGGAGAAGAUGGUGGCCGUGUGAUGAGGGAUGAGAAACGAGAUGACAGUGAUGACGCGGAUGACUAUGAUUGUCUCACGCAUGCGCUUGGAACGACUUUCUAUUUUCUACGUAACGCCUAUAUAUGUACACACGCUCUUAAUGAAUAAUUAUCACAAGUC